AGCCGAUAGCUCCCAUUUCAUUCCAAAUUCCGCAUUCCAAUUGCCAUCCUUCGAUCUGUACGCGCUCAACACAUGGGAGGAGGAGGAGACCACGGACACCACCACGCCGAUGCGGCCGGUGACUUCCGGUCCAAGGUCUGGACCAUGACCGGCGGACCUAACUGCAGGCCCGUGCAUUGGAAGCGCAAUACCGCCAUCGCCAUGGCUGGAAUCGUCCUCGUCUGCAUUCCGAUUGCCAUGAAAUCCGCACAGCUCGAGCAAAGGCCACACCUUCCAGUCAGGCCCAUUCCCUCCCAGCUCUGGUGCAAGAACUUUGGGACGAAAGAGUACUAACCCAGCACUUCUCUGGGAAGAUCACAAUGCUAUGCAUGUGUAAUUGAGUACUGAAAUUGUGUAUUUCUUUAAUAGUGUGUGCUGGUGGUUCAAGAUGACUACUAUUUUGGACUGAACAAUAAAAUACUACUUUCCUCUGUAAGAAUGCAACUACAUGUUAUGGGGGUUUCUUGGCUUUUCUAGCUCUUUUUUUCCGUCCAUUUGAAUAGAUAAAUCUUAUCAGGUUAAUACUCCGUAUCUGAUAUGUGGACAUAUGCAGCUUGUCUUUGGCCU